AUGAAGGUUAAUCGACAUCUGGUUCCUUUUCGAGACGCACUGUUCUCGCUUGGCUGGUCGUGGCCUGAACCUAAUACAUUUAUUCGCGCGUCAGACGAUUUCCUCAAUCUGAUCGCCUCAUAUGAACAAGGAUCCUCAUCCAAGCACCGUCGAUGGACACCCUCAGCCUCUUCAGAACCCGGUGUUCUGGACGACUCCGUGGCUGAGCUUAAUUUGGAUGAGGACACCGAUACAGGUGAGACGAGCACGGCGACCUCCACCGCUGCUAUCGGUCAAGCCGCGUCAGAAUGGUCCGAGGUGCCUCCGGCUGAUAUUGUCCGAGCGAAGACAGACGCGAUUAUCGGCUUGUCAAACGCAUCUGGGCUUUCCGGGGAUAUUGGACCAUUUGUGGAAGCCCCAAUGGCAGCUCUCAUGCCAGCACAAUCGGAGAGUUUCUGCAGUCCAGUCAUGAACGGAAUCAAUCAAGCGACUGAUUUCAAUGGGACGCGAAUGGAUCAAUUGAAACAUCUGUUCCGACGUCGCAAACCCCAGUGGGACAGUUUGCAGAGUCCAAUGGGUGUCACUUCAGAAGAUUGGCUCAAAUAUACUAAUUGGGCUCGAGAAUCAAUUCAACAGCGCAUGCUAGCCUGUAAUCGUUGGCGUCUCGUGUUUGACGCUAUCUAUCCCAGCGCUGCUCAAAUGGCCCAAUUUGAACUGAGCUGGAAUAGGGUUACCGGGAAAGCGAAAGCGACCGAUUCACUUGAAGAUGAAUCUCCUUUAAAUCAAGAUAUGACAGACGGGAAAACGAGGCCAGAUGUGGCUGUGAGUCACGAACGGUUCAAGUAUUUUGUCAGUCACAACCCGACCACAUUGAAUGUAAGGCAGAGACAAGGCGAGCGAACCGCUCAGGCGAUUCACUCCGCGGUCACGAAGUUAGAUAUUGAUGUCGAACUGGAUUUGGACGAAGCCGAAGAACCGACUGAUAUCAGUCGUGAUCUGUACAAAUCACCCUAUUCCCCAGUCAGAUUGAAACAACCGAACGGUGAGGCCUUAGCCAACGGAGAUAGAGACUAUUCUUCAGAAUCUGCCCCAAUAAUGCACUCCUCUUCGCCCGAUAAUCCGAAUGGCAACAGGGUCGGGUAUGAUGGAGCUGUUGGAGAUCAGUGUGUAGGAGAAGGUUUAAGGCACAAAAACAGAUCUUGUUCGUCCUAUUCCGAAGAGGCGGAUUCCACCGAUUCCGGAUGUCUAGUCACUGAGGCGAGGUUCACUCGGGAACCUCACUCUGGUCUAGCCUGCGUACCCAUUAGUGUCAGCGAACGCAAUUUGGCUUCCGCGAAACUUUCUAGUCCCGGUAUGUCCAACUCAUCGGCUGUGAAAUCU